CCGGCAUGAGAAGGCUCUAGGGCGCUCACGUGGGGACCAUGGUGCUGCCUUCGCGGUUGCACCGGGUCAGGAGCAGGCCGUGGAGGGACCGGAUGCGGAGGCGGCGGCCCGGCCGUGAGUGCCCCACAGGACUACCAGCCAGACUCCCAGAAAUCAUGUUGGUAGGAUCCCAGUCCUUCUCACCUGGAGGGCCCAAUGGAAUCAUCAGAAGCCAGUCCUUCGCGGGGUUCAGUGGCCUUCAGGAGAGGCGAUCCAGAUGUAAUUCCUUCAUUGAAAAUGCCUCUGCUCUCAAGAAGCCGCAGGCCAAACUGAAGAAAAUGCACAAUUUAGGACACAAAAACAACAGUGCUCCCAAAGAACCUCAGCCUAAAAGAAUGGAGGAGGUCUACAGGGCCUUGAAGAAUGGGCUUGACGAAUAUCUAGAGGUUCACCAGAUGGAAUUGGACAAGUUGACAGCUCAGUUAAAAGAUAUGAGAAGAAACUCUCGCCUGGGUGUGCUGUAUGACCUAGACAAGCAAAUUAAAACGAUUGAAAGAUACAUGAGACGCCUGGAGUUUCACAUUAGUAAGGUAGAUGAACUCUACGAAGCUUAUUGUAUCCAAAGACGCCUCCAAGAUGGUGCCAGCAAAAUGAAGCAAGCCUUUGCAACGUCCCCUGCCAGCAAAGCUGCCCGCGAGAGCCUGUCAGAGAUCAGCCGGAGCUACAAAGAGUACACAGAGAAUAUGUGCACCAUUGAAGCAGAGCUGGAGAAUCUGCUGGGGGAGUUCUCCAUCAGGAUGAAAGGUCUGGCUGGCUUUGCUCGCCUCUGUCCUGGAGACCAAUAUGAGAUUUUCAUGAAGUAUGGUCGGCAGAGGUGGAAACUGAAAGGCAAAAUAGAAGUGAACGGCAAGCAGAGUUGGGAUGGAGAGGAGGUGGUGUUCCUGCCCCUGAUCGUCGGAUUGAUCUCCAUCAAGGUCACAGAACUCAAAGGUCUAGCAACUCACCUCCUGGUCGGCAGUGUGACCUGCGAGACCAAAGAGCUGUUUGCAGCUCGACCUCAGGUGGUAGCCGUUGACAUCAAUGACCUUGGCACCAUCAAACUGAGCCUGGAAAUUACCUGGUAUCCGUUUGAUGUGGAGGACAUGACACCGUCUUCAGGCGCAGGGAGCAAGGCGGCAGCGCUCCAGAGAAGAAUGUCCCUGUACAGCCAGGGCACCCCGGAAACGCCCACCUUCAGAGAUCACGCCUUCUUUAGAUGGUUGCAUCCUUCUCCAGACAAGCUAAGGUCUGUCUUGAGUGCCUUGCAAGGUACUUUCUUUGCCAAGCUGCCCCGCAGCCACUCUUUCAGUGACCUGCCCUCCCUCAGGCUGAGACCCAAGGCCCAGCUAGAGUUUUAUUCUAAUCUACCCGAUGACAUCUUUGGAAACGGAAAGGCAGUCGAGGAGAAAACACCACUCUCUCUCAGCUUCAGUGACCUGCACGGAGGGGACCGCAUCCUCACCCCCGACCCAGCCGGCUCUCUUUCCAACACAUGCUCAGCAAAUCCAGAAAUUACCAUCACCCCCGCAGAGCUGAACCACAGCAGCCUGUCCUCCCAAAACGAGGGCAUGGAUGACGCCAGGCCAGCAUCUUCCAGAAACUCCUCAGGAGAAGGCCAGGAGCCAAGGCCACACGUGGAGGGAGAUGCUGAGGAGCCCGGAGAACCCAAGGCAUGCCAGGUGUCUGCUGGUGGCGAGCACCCGUUCCUUGAGAAGGGUGUCGCGGAGGCACUCCUGCAAGAGUCCGAUGAGGCUUCUGAACUCAAGCCUGUGGAACUGGAUGCUUUUGAAGGAAACAUCACAAAGCAGCUGGUGAAGAGGCUCACCUCAGCAGAGGCGCCAGCCACCCCGGAGAGGCUGUUCUUUGAGGGCUCUGUCGGCAGAGACUCCGAAGGCUGCAGAUCCUUUCUAGAUGGAAGCUUAGAGGAUGCCUUUAAUGGGCUUUUCCUUGCAUUAGAACCACAUAAAGAGCAGUAUAAAGAGUUUCAGGAUCUGAACCAAGAAGUCAUGCAUUUGGAUGAUAUUCUAAAAUGCAAGCCAGCAGUAAGCCGCAGCAGGUCUUCCAGUUUCAGUCUGACAGUUGAGAGUGCUUUAGAAAGCUUUGAUUUCCUGAACACCUCUGAUUUUGAUGAGGAGGAGGAUGGUGAUGAGGUUUGUAAUGUUGGAGGAGGUGCUGACUCAGUAUUUUCAGACACUGAGACUGAGAAAAAUAGUUACCAGUCAGUACACCCAGAAUCCAGGGGGCAUCUUAGCGAAGCACUGACUGAAGACACAGGAGUCGGGACUAGUGUGGCAGGAAGUCCUCUCCCACUGACCACAGGAAAUGAAAGCCUGGACAUCACCAUUGUCAGGCACCUACACUACUGCACCCAGCUCGUUCAGCAAAUUGUUUUCUCAAGCAAAACCCCAUUUGUGGCAAGAAAUCUGUUAGAGAAGCUUUCUAGGCAAAUCCAAGUGAUGGAGAAACUCUCAGCUGUCAGUGAUGAGAACAUAGGAAACAUGAGUUCUGUGGUCGAAGCCAUACCAGGAUUCCACAAAAAGCUAUCUUUGCUGUCAUUCUGGACCAAAUGCUGUGGCCCAGCUGGUGUCUACCACAGCUCAGCUGACAGAGUGAUUGAGCAACUGGAAGCCAGCUUUGCCGGAACUGUCAACAGAGAAUAUCCAGGACUUGCAGACUCAGUGUUUCAAACCUUGGUGUCCCAAAUCCUGGACCAGGCUGAGCCUCUGCUUUCCUCUAGCCUCUCCUCAGAAGUCAUCACCGUUUUCCAGUAUUACAGUUACUUUACCAGCCACAGUGUGAGCGACCUAGAGAGUUACUUAAAUCAGCUGGCCAAGCAAGUUUCCAUGGUUCAGACUCUGCAGUCACUAAGAGAUGAAAAGCUGCUCCGGGCCAUGACUGACCUUGCGCCCAGCGGCCUCCCAGCCCAGCAGGAAGUACUCAGGACACUGGCUCUGCUGUUAACCGGUGCUGACAGCACAGUCAGUGAGGCUGUGAUGCGCUACUUGGCAGCAGCCUCUAGAAACGAGCACUUCAGAGAAAAGGCGCUGCUCUAUUACUGUGAAGCAUUAACAAAGGCGAACCUCCAGCUCCAGAAGGCGGCUUGCCGGGCCCUGAAGAGUUUGGAGGCUACUGAAAGCAUUAAAAUGUUGGUGACAUUGUGUCAGUCCGAUGCUGAAGAAAUCAGAAAUGUGGCCUCAGAAACCCUUUUGUCUCUUGGAGAAGAUGGGCGGCUGGCAUAUGAACAACUAGACAAAUUUCCACGAGACUGUGUAAAAGUUGGAGAAUGUCAUGGAGCUGAAGUUGCCACAGCCUUUUAAUUAUGGGUUAACUCUGCCCGACAGCUAUCUUAAAUGGCCCUGUUCAUCAAGAUGGUGCUGUGGUUUAGCUGGAAUGUGUAAACUUUGAAGAGAUCUGUUGAGGUUGUCUGAAAAUGUAACAUGUUAUGGAAAGAAUUCAAGUCCAGUUUCACAGUAUCUACCUACUUUUCCUUUGGCCGGAAGAGUGGGGCUAUGUGUAUAACUCAGUAGAACGCCUUGCUCAUUGUGUCUGACAAUACAAGAGGCUAUCUUAUCUAGUAUCUACAGAAUUUUAAAACAGCCAUCCUUGUAAUUUUUUGGAAGUUCUUCUAUAAGCUUGAAAUAGUCAUGUGAUACUUUAAUAAAUAUUAUAUACCUUGUAGUUUUUCUCUCUUGUGGUCUCAGGGUUGAAUGGCCCCCUUAACUACCUAAUUUACCUUAGAUACAAAGCACAAAAAAGAAUUUCUUCAAAUAAGUUUGCCUGCAGAACUAGAUAAAACAACACAUUAUAAGAGUUUGAUUUGAUUUUUCAAGGCUGUGUUAUUUCUUUUGUUUCUUUUCUCCAUCCUGAAACUCUAAAAGCGGUUCCAUCAUGGUAAAAACAUAGAUGGAUGACUAAAAACUACCUUAUUUAGAUUAUACCUAUACUCAUUUUAAAAAGACACACAAAGCUAAAGCUUUUUAUUUAAACAAGGGCCAUUUUUUUAUACUUCUACAAUGGAGGUAUUUUGCUGCUAAGACAAAUCAAAACCAAAGGUCAUGGAUUCAGAAAGCGGGGAUCUCUUCAAGGCAGAAGAACCUGGAAGCUGGAGGAAUCUACAGGGGUGGGAACUGAGGGACGUUGAAAGGGUCCUUGCUUCCACACAAAUGAGCAUGAGGUUAGGAAGAAGAAUGCCUGAGGGAUGGUCUGCCCAGAGAGAUCGUGGCUGGGGGAUCGCUUGGCCAAUUAGCUAAAACAACAGCUCCCAUUAUUGCUUCCGUACCCGGGUUAGCAAGUUCAUUAAAUAAAGUACAAUACCAUUCAAUAGCUCUUACUAAACAACUUCUCUUCCUCUUAAGAGUAUGCAAGGUGAGAUAAUAUGUGUGAGUGUAAUUUAAACUGUGGACUAUCAACUGUACUCUGGAUGUGUUUGUAUAAAAUAUCAUUUAGAUGUCAUUUUAAAUAAUUACAGUUUAGCAAGACCUUUAAAAACAACUCAUUUCAUUUUAAAGUAAAAACUGUUUGCCAGGCUUCCUGGCAAAUUGUUCUUUCGACUGUGAAGUUACAACGUAUAUAUAUAUAUAUUUGUACAUUUAUAAAUAUUAUAUACAUGCAUAUAUCCUUCAUUUUAAAGGUAUACUGUACAGUCUAUAGUUAGUAUGUAUAGUCCAUAGUUUCUGUUAAAUGAUAAAAUUAUUCUUUUUAUACAAAGUCAAAUCAUAAAUGUUACAGUUUGUUUUUUUAAUAUUGCAUGAGUAAUUCUGUAUCUUUUGUAUUCACUUCUGCAUUUUAUUUUGGUUGAAGGGGAUGCUUUUAGUUCUGGGGCAUUUGUAUUUCUCUCUCUUUCAAAUCAUGUAAGUUAAAAUAAAAGUUAUUUUUCAAUUACCAGUCUCA